AUGUUGACCCUCUCCAAGUUGAAGAAAUCAUUCAACACCCCAUGCUUCUGCGGGUUCCGCAGAAACCACGACAAUUCCUCUGAUCAACCAGGUCUUCGUUUCUGCAUCUGGGUCGCUCUCAAAUUCGACACUCUUACCAGCAAGCCCUAUUACUUGGUUAGUCGCAUCCUUAUCCGUAAGAAAUGGCAUUCCAUUUACUGGGAAGCUCUUGAGCUUCUCAAGAAAAAAGGGGUUUUAGUCACUUCAGAUUCCGUUAGAGCUUUAGUUAGGUCUUAUUCUUACUCGGGUCAUACCGGAAAAGCUAUAGAGUUAUUUGGUAAAAUGCGCGAUAUUGGUGUUGUUCCUGAUGCUCAUAUGUAUAACACGGUUUUGAGAGAUGUGUUGAAGGAAAACUUAUUUGUGCUUGCUUUUGCUUUGUAUAAUACCAUGAUUAAGUCCAAUGUUGAUCCUAAUGAUUAUACUUAUAAUAUGUUGAUUGAUGGGUUUUGUAAAAGUGGUAACAUCAAGGGUGCACGUGAGAUGCUUGAUGAAAUGCAGAAGGUUAAUAUUGUUCCUAGUGUUGUUUCGACUACUUCUAUUCUUUAUGGUUUGUGUCAGGCGAAUAAUGUAGAUGAGGCGCUUAUGUUGUUUAAUGUUAUGAAAGAAAAAGAGUGCCCGGAUAUGAUUUCUUUUAAUGUUGUGCUGAAUGGGUUUUGUAAGAUGGGGAGGUUAGAGGAAGCGCUUUCUUUUGUAUGGUUGAUGAAGAGAGAGGGUUUCUCGCUUAAUCAGAAUAGCUAUAGUUCUCUUAUUAAUGCGUUUUUUAGGGCUAGGAGAUAUAGUGAAGCACAUGCGUGGUAUACGAGGAUGUUUAAGGAGGGGUUUGCACCUGAUGUUGUUUUGUAUGCCAUUAUGAUACGUGGUUUGUCAGAGGAGGGCAGAGUUGGCGAAGCUGCUAGGAUGUUAGAUGAGAUGACUCAGAUAGGUUUAACUCCUGAUGCUUAUUGCUACAAUGCCAUAAUUAAAGGUUUGUGUGACACGGGUCUUUUGGAUCGAGCGCAGUCUCUUUGUCUUGAGAUUUCUGAGCACAAUGUUUACACACACACGAUUCUCAUAUGUGAAAUGUGUAAGCAAGGAAUGGUCGAUAAAGCACAAGAAUUAUUUAAUCGGAUGGAGUCGCUUGGAUGUGUUCCAUCGGUUGUGACCUUCAAUGCGCUUAUAAAUGGACUGUGCAAUGCUCAUAAACUCGAGGAGGCGAGCCUUUUACUUUACAAGAUGGAGAUUGGGAGAAGACCUUCGUUAAUCUUAAGCCUUUUUCAGGGUUCUGGUCAGGUUUUUGAUAGUGCUAGUCUCAAGAAAAAGGUGGAGCAAAUGUGUGAGGCUGGAAAAUUUUUGGAUGCUUACAAGUUUCUCACUCAACUUGCUGAUAGUGGGGUUGUGCCUGACAUUAUUACAUACAACACUCUAAUCAACGCUUUUUGCAGGGCUUAUAAUAUUAAAGGUGCUUUCAUGCUUUUUGAGGAUCUCCAAAAGAAGGGUCUCUCACCCGAUACUGUUACUUACGGGACACUUAUUAAUGGGCUAUAUAAAGUUGACCGAGAAAAGGAUGCCUUAAAGAUUUACGACCGUAUGCAGAAGGCUGGCUGUGAACCCACCCUUUCACUUUAUAGAGGGCUUAUGACAUGGUUGUGUAGAAAGAGCAAGGUCUCACUAGCGUUCAGUCUUUAUUUGGAAUAUUUGAAGAGCCUUCCUAGUCGGGACAAUGACUCAAUCAGUGCGCUGGAAGGAUAUUUAGUUGGAGGAAAAUUGGACCUAGUGAUUCGAGGUUUACUUGAACUGGACUUCAGGGCCAGAGAUUUUAAAUUAGCUCCAUAUACAAUCCUACUUAUUGGAUUCUGUCAGGUAGGAAGAGUAUAUGAAGCAUUAAUUAUAUUCUCUGUUCUUGACAAGUUCAAUAUCAAAAUCAAUGCUACAAGUUGUGUACAUUUGAUCAAAGGUCUUUGUAAAGAAGGGAAGCUAGAUGACGCUGUAAAAGUAUUUCUUUACACUCUUGACAGAGGUUUCAUGUUGAGGCCAAUGAUUUGUAAUCAUCUCCUUGUGUUUCUUCUUGUUUCCCGAGAUUAUAAAGAGUGGGCUAUUGAUCUUAUUGGUAGAAUGGAAUCUUUUGGAUACCGUUUAGAUUCAAAUGAAUAUAGCAGGACAGUGUAUCUUAUAGACCAAUACCUAAACAGAAAGCAAAGAAAAAUUUAUCUCCAAAGAGAUUAA